GAUAUGCAAUUGUAUCACUUGCCGAAGAUGAAGCGUUGACACUUUCUUUAGUAACAACGGUCGAUGAUGUAAUGCAUGGGGUAGAAGAUGAGGAGUCGCCAAUUUGGUCACCUGAAUACAUUUAUGUCAGCCACAGGUCUAUUAAUAAGACUACAAACACACUUACUAUCGUCUGCAUAUGUGAUGUACACAAAGGGAUUCAUCUCUUGUACCCUCGUUGACACCAGGCACGGAAACAGUGGAUUGGCGCCCAUAACAUGUACGUUGUCAAGAGCAGCUCGUUUCACCGCAGGUCUGAUAACGCCAUCGUAAAACUCGCACUUCUCGUUGACGCAAGUGACAAAACCAACACACUUCUUGCCGAUACGACGCGUCUUGCCAUCGGCCUUACUCUCUCUUGUACGCUCGCGCUCUGCCAUCGCUGCAUUGCUGUCGAAAGUGAUGGCGCCCGUACUCUCGUCCAGAGUCGCAAACCGGCAGUCGAUGGGGCGCGACUUGUUCCACCCAUACUGGUGUUUACGGCAGUGGUGGAAGGCUUGACCGGGCUUCGGGCGUGGUUGGUGGGCGCCGGUCCAUGUGUGUGCCUUCUUGGCCUUGACCCGCUCAAAAUAAGCCCUCUUGGCCUGGGCUUCCUCGGCGCCUUCUGCGAGCUCCUUCGCCAUGGGUUUGUACUGGCGCCAGGCCUCGCGUUGACGUUCCUCCUGGGUAAGUUUUCCUGGGCGGGGCACGGUGAAGGCCAGGCCGAGAAAUAGCUACCCGAGACGUCGAUAUUGUUGGUUGUGGUCUGCAAUUCCUCUGGUCUUUCGCUCUGGUCACUGCCUCUGGUCAUCGCCACUGCUGUUCCCUUUUAGGAAAGCGCUUUGGUCACUGUCAUUUCACUUUUCCCUGCUAAAACGUGUCCGGCAUAGGUUCAUUCCUCUGCCAACCGUCGACAAUACCCACAAUAAUGUCCGUCAACAAUCGCGCGUUUAGGCUGUUGUU